CUGUUGACGGAUUUAAAUGUUACAGGCACACCUCCUGGAAAGGGACGCCGAGACGCUUUCUGGUCGUUAGGCUGGUAACUGGAGAAAUUAUUCUCUUUUAUGAGAUGCCUAUCAGGUGUUAAGAAGACAAAUUGAUAACAGUCUAAUACCAGGACCCAACGUUAGAAAACAACAUUCGACAGUUAUGUCCUCGGCCAAGGAAGACACGUUAUCCCCAGAUGAGCUGAGGAAAAGACUAUAUCAAACUUUUAAAAGUAAAGGAGUGCUUGAUACACUCAAAACGCAGCUGCGGAAUCAGCUCAUCCAGGAGUUAAAACACCCACCUUUGACUGGAGGAGAACCAGUUCCUAGACCAGUAUCUGUGAAAUCUGAACCCCUUUUGGUCUCAGCCUGUAACAGCAUAGUGGCUGAUCAUCUCCGCAUCUCUGGGUAUGAGUACAGCCUUUCUGUAUUCUACCCUGAAAGUGGCCUGUGCAAAGACAAGGUUUCCACGAAAGGAGAGCUUCUUCGGCUUCUUAGACUUAAUCCUGAAUCAGCCCUCUACAGAUCCCUGUCUUCAAACAAAGAGAACAAUGAUAAAGGGUUCCUGAUCAGCCUUCUAACACAGCUGACACACCAUUAUACCCACGGCCUGUGCCAUGAUGCUGACACUCAGACAACCAGCAUAGCGAGUUAUGGAGAGUCUCUUGUUGAGAAGAUGAAAAUGAUUGAUAAGGAAUACGAGAGCUUCAAUUACAGUGGGGACAAAUGGUUUUCCUUCCAAUCAAAACUGGCUGCAUAUAGGAAAGAAACUGAAGCACAGAUGCAAGCAGAAAUGAACACAAAGAUGCAACAUUUUAAAGAUGUUGAAAUUGCCAAGGUGAGGAUGGAAGAACAAGCUAAAUUUCAUAAAGAAUUUGAUAAGCUGAAGCAAGAGCUGGAGAGGACUUAUGAAAUGAAGGCAAAGGCAUUGAUGGACCGGGAGAAAAAUGCCAUUGAUCGGUUACAGAAACAACAAGAGAUUGAAGAAAAAAAUGUGUAUAUGCAGAGACAGUCAGUCCUGAAAGAAAUUGAAACACAGCGGAACAGAGAAAAUGAGCUGAGGAUGAGAAUGGAGGCUUUUGAAAAGACUUGUCAAAUUCAUGAGGAGAAGGUCAAGACCACUGAAGAGCUGCUGAGGAGGAGAGAACUGGCAGUGAAGACUAUGGAGGACACAUACGAUCAAAGGCUGAAGAAUGAACUUUCCAGGUAUCAGCACGAGUUGAAGGAGGACUUUAUCAAGAGAACAGAAAAACUAACAGAGAAUGAGAACAGAAACCAAAUGGAAACUGCUCGUAUCCAAAAGGAGUCAUCUGCAAUUAAUGCCAAAAUCGCGGAGCACAAUAGAGCAUGUUCAGAGCUGAGGCGGCUGCAGGUUGAGCUAGACACAUCACAGCAGCAGAUUUCUCUGCUGACUCAACAGAAGGAGCUGUUAAGGGAAAGACUGGAGACCAUGAGUGACUACCCCAUCUUGAAAAGAGAGAAAGCAGAGCUGCAGGGGCAGCUGCGGCUGCUAAAGAAACAGCUGGAGGAGUCCCAAGAGGAGAACCGGCUUCUCCAUGCAGAUUUGGGCAAGCCGUCCAAAGAGCAGCUGGCCUUGCAGACGGAGCUACGGAGGCUGCAGAGCGCUCGCAGACUGGAUGAGGAAGAGUUUGACAACCAGAAACAGGUGCUGCAGGCACAGCUCCAAAGUGAGGUGGAGUGGUGCGCUCAGCUCAAGGCUCAGUUGAUAGAGUGUGAGGAGAAGUCACAGUGGAUGACUAACCACAUUGACGACAUUAAGAUGCAGCUUCGCCAAACUCAACAAGCUCUUGAAAAUGAAGUGCUGCGUAACCCCAAGCCCUCUCUUGUCGAUCGCUCAGUACUGGAGCUCAGUGCUGACAAGCUGGUUCCCCCUGACAUCUAUGUGGACAGAGCUCUGCUGAGGGCCAGGGUGGGUUAUGAUGAUGUUUGUGAAGCAGGUGGGCCCUUGCGAGGACACAAGUUACCUUGGAGUGACUCUCCUGACUCCGACAUGGAGCUGGUGGCUGAGGCCAAGGCUCGGAUCCAGGAGCUGCAGAAGGAGGCUGAGACCUUGGAGGAAGCCUACAGGAACUACCAGCAGAGGGCAGUGCGCUCCACCAUCUCACACAUGCUUCCCCCAAGACCUCUUUCCCCACAACGAGCACAUCCUUCACAUCGCCCUGACUCUCCUCUAAGAAAACAAGUCUCUCACCAUUCACACACCCACUCACCCCACACAUCAAAGGUCUCACACAGACCACUGUCUCCACAAACCACCAGAACCCCCUCCUCAGCACCCUAUGACACCAGAAGCACCGUACUACCUGCACAACCAAGAGUGACCUUCUCAGAAGACCAUAAACAACCCCAGUCCACAGUUUCCCCGGACCACGGUCUCCAUUCAUUGACUGAACCUCUGUUUCUAAGACACGGACACCCUGAAGAUGGAAGCAGCUCUCCAUCCAGACGUCUAUCCUCCACACCGCAUUCUUCCUCCAGGAAAAAGCUUCAAAGAGAGAUCUCAGAAGAAGCAGUUGUGUCUCCGGUGGCGUUCCCAGAGCUAGUGUCUGACAGACAGCUCCCUCGCGCCCCCCACGACGAGGUGGCAACCUCAGGUGACUUUUCCUCUGAGCUCAGUCCACCUUGGAGUCCUCAGCUCAAGAGCACAGCACGAGACCAGUCCAGUCCACCAAAGCUACAGCCUGAGUUCUCCAGCUUGGAGUCUUCCCCACAGCCUGAGAAAAUAAGCCUUGAAGAUCUCACAGGGAUUUUGUCAGAGCCCGGCCACAUUCCAGAGCUUCUCCUGGACACUGCCGUCCCUCUCUCUGAGAAGGCCCCUGAUGGCCCCACUGUCCCCCGCCCACAGGACCUCCCAGAAGACCCAAUAGACUUGCAAGCCCAGGCGGAAGUCCCACAAACCUCAGGUGAAUCUGCUAGGGAAGAAGAUGAUGAGGAUGAGGAGCAGAGGUGGGAAAGGGAGCGAAAGGUACGACAAGAACGAAGGCAAGUGGAGCAAGAGGAAGCCAGAGAGAGGGAGCUACAAGAACUUGCAAGACUGGAGAAAGAGAUGCUUUUGCAACAGGUGGAGCAACCAGGACAGGAAAAAGAAGAAGAAACUGGAAUUAAGAAAGGAGGAGAUGAAGAGCAGAAGCAAGAGGCAGAUAAUGUUGGGGAGGAGUCUAAAGGUGAAAAUCCAUUGGAGAAAUACAUGAAGAUGGUCCUGGAAGCAAGAGAGAAGCAGCAUGCACAGAGCCCUGGAAGAGAAGAAGCAGGACAUACAAGCGAGGCCAAGAGUUUGUCUGAGGAGAAAGAUUACAGCAUUGCAGCAUAUUCACACAAGGAUGAAGAUGAUGAUUUCUGGUGAGCUGGUUGUCUCAGAGUGCUAUCAUAAACUGCUGAAUUACACAAGCCUCUGUAGUAUUGUACUGUUUUAACAAGUGUGAAGCAUUUGUUUAUAUUUUAAGAUUUUACUUUUCAGUAUGAAUAUUUGACACCAUCAACUACAUGUAUGAAUAAAUCAUAUUGGAUUUUAAA